AACGUCGUCUAUCCCCCGAUAAAAAAUCAACAACUAAAAUAUGAAAAAUUCCAAAUCCUGAUGCUCAGGUUCGUCUGGUCGCUGGGCAUGUCUUCUAGAGUCCCAGGAGAACCCCUCAUUGCCGUCAUCGGCGCGACGGGAACUGGAAAAUCUAAGCUCGCCGUCGACCUUGCCACCCGUUUCAACGGUGAGAUCAUCAAUGGCGAUGCCAUGCAGAUGUAUAGGGGGCUGCCUAUCAUCACCAACCAGAUCCCCAUUGAAGAACGGCAAGGCAUCCCGCAUCAUCUUCUUGGAUGUAUAGGUUUUGACCAGGAGCCCUGGCGCAUUAGCCAUUUCAAAAGGGAAUGUCUACGUAUCAUCAAGGAAAUCAGGGCGAGGGGGAAGCUGCCCGUUCUUGUUGGUGGGACGCAUUAUUACACUCAGGCAGUCCUAUUUAAGGAAGCUAUCUUGGAUCGCGGUGGGGAGAGUGAUGAAACUGGUAGGAGUGGUGACGAGGAGAAGUUGUUGAUGGAUGGGGAGAGUGAACCGAUAGAUGCUGCUACUCGGCGAUCUGAAGAUUUUCCCAUUCUAAAUGCGGCUCCAGAGGUGAUAUUGCAGAAACUACGGGAAGUGGACCCGGUAAUGGCGAGCCGCUGGCAUCCUAAUGACACGCGCAGAAUAUACCGCUCGCUGGAGAUCUAUCUGCAGACUGGCAGACCUGCGUCAGAGAUUUACCAGGAACAGCAAAAACUCAAAGAUGCUGCCAACAUCCCACAGGAGUUAGCGGAUGUAGAAAAUACUGCCACCGAUAUUUCACCAGCCUUCGCGGGCGCUGGCCAUCUGCGCUUUCCGACACUUCUAUUUUGGGUCCAUACUGAAGACCAAGAACUAACUCGCCGGCUCUCUCGGCGCGUCGAUAACAUGGCCGAGCAGGGCCUCGUCGCAGAGGCGGAGUCACUGUUUAACUACCUCAACGAGAAAAGGGCACAAGGGGUUGAGAUAGAUCGCACGCGUGGCGUCUGGGUGUCCAUAGGCUUUAAGGAGCUGGAGCCUUAUUUCCGGGCACUUCCGCCUUCCACCCCCUCCGCCUCCCACCCCACCGGCGCCGGCGUGGGGAAUAUUAUCAGUGACAGCGCUGAUAAUAGUACAAGUAUCGCAGUUCCAACCCCCGAACAACUCGCCAACUUAAAACAAUCCUGUCUCAACUCUAUAAAGUCAGCUACUCGACACUAUUACCGCCAGCAGGUACGAUGGAUCAGAGGCCGGUUAUGGAAUGCCCUAACAGACGCCCAUUCUUCACGGCAAUUAUACGUUUUAGACUCGACGGACGUCAGUGCCAAUCCCGGCGCUUGGGAUAGCGACGUGCGCGAGCCUGCUGAACGUGUCGUGGAGGCGUUUUUAUCCGGAGGUGCUGAGGCGUGUCCGGAUCCCCGCGAGCUUUCGGAGUCUGUGAGGAAGGUUUUCGAGACGCAGCUGCGGAGUCCCGUGGCGACGGGAGAAGGGGAGGGGGAGGAAAGGGCUCGUCAGAGGACUGUGUAUAAGUGUUCGACGUGUGAUGUAUGUGGGAUCACAGUGCAGUCGGAUGAGCAGUGGGAGGUGCAUGUUAAGGGGAGGAGGCAUAAGAGGGCUGUUAAGAGUGCGGAGAAGAGGAGGGCAAAGGAUGAGUAUUUUGAGGCAAGGAGGGAGAAGGGGGAUAUUCAUAAGGGCGCUGUGGAUGGUGAUCGGAAUUUGGAUGAGGGGUCGGGUGGUGAGGUGGCUCAGGGGACGGGGAACGGGAACGGUGAGGAUGAGGGCAUCUGCAAGGACAAGUGAUUUUCUUGUUAUUUUUUCGGCGGAUUGAACUUUCUUAUUUUAUUCUAUACUGAUGCAUAUAGCGUGUUGGAUGGGCGAAUAUAUCUUUUGGCUGUGAUACCCAUGGAUUAUGGAAUUGGUUUCGGUUAAAGAUCUCAAUAAUUGAGGGUAGAUAGCAGAUUGCAUAGGGAAUUGGUACAGAAUAGGAAAAAUAUCUGCAUGCAAGCACCUAGUUUUCAAUACGAUUUUUUUUCUUUCUUUUACCUUUAAGUAAUCGUGAG